GCAACCUCAGAGCCCGGCGCCGGGCGGGGAGGGGGCGUGCGACCGGGGACUGGCCCUGAGGCGCAGCAUGGAGGAGGAGAUGCAGCCGGCGGAGGAGGGGCCCAGCGUCCCCAAAAUCUACAAGCAGCGCAGCCCCUACAGCGUCCUCAAGACGUUCCCCGGCAAGAGACCGGCUCUGGCCAAGCGCUACGAGAGACCCACUCUGAGCUCAGCGCAGGUACCAACUCUUGGGCGCAACUUUCCUUCCCGCUCCGGCGGGGGGAGUAGUGGGGACCGAGGAAGGGGAGGCUGGGGACCCCGGACACCCUCCGGCGCGAUGGGCCUGGCCGGGGAGCAGAGUCGAAUGAUCUUGGAUGCCUUUGCCCAACAGUGCAGUCGAGUUCUGAGCCUCUUAAAUUGUGGAGGAAAACUUCUGGACUCCAGCCAUUCCCAAUCCAUGAUUUCUUAUGUAAAGCAAGAAGGCUCGAGUUAUACUGAAAGACAGGAGCAGUGUCACAUUGGGAAAGGGGUCCACAGUCAGACCUCAGACAAUGUAGACAUAGAGAUGCAGUAUAUGCAAAGGAAACAACAAACUUCUGCCUUUUUGAGAGUUUUCACUGACUCCCUACAAAAUUACCUGCUCUCGGGGAGCUUUCCGACUCCAAACCCCUCAUCAGUCAGUGAGUAUGGCCACCUGGCCGACGUGGAUCCUCUGUCAACCUCCCCCGUGCAUACACUAGGUGGCUGGACUUCCCCAGCAACAUCUGAAUCCCACGGCCAUCCAUCUUCUUCUACACUGCCAGAGGAGGAAGAGGAGGAGGAAGAGGAAGGCUACUGUCCUAGAUGCCAAGAGCUGGAGCAGGAGGUUAUUUCACUGCAGCAAGAAAAUGAAGAGCUCAGGAGGAAAUUAGAGAGCAUCCCAGUACCUUGCCAGACUGUUUUAGAUUACUUGAAGACGGUGCUACAGCAUCACAACCAACUCAUGAUCCCACAACCAGCUGAUCAGCCAACUGAGGGAAGCAAGCAGCUGUUGAACAACUAUCCUGUCUACAUAACGAGCAAACAGUGGGAUGAGGCUGUAAAUUCUUCAAAGAAAGAUGGGAGACGACUUCUUCGAUACCUCAUCAGAUUUGUAUUCACAACCGAUGAGCUUAAGUACUCAUGCGGCCUCGGGAAAAGGAAAAGGUCAGUGCAGUCAGGAGAGACGGGUCCUGAAAGACGCCCUCUGGAUCCAGUUAAAGUAACAUGCCUCCGAGAAUUCAUUAGAAUGCACUGCACCUCCAACCCAGACUGGUGGAUGCCCUCAGAGGAACAAAUAAACAAAGUGUUCAGCGACGCCGUGGGUCAUGCCCGGCAGGGGCGAGCAGUGGGCACUUUCCUGCACAAUGGCGGCUCAUUUUAUGAAGGGAUCGAUCAUCAGGCUUCCCAGGAUGAAGUCUUCAAUAAGAAUUCCCAGGACGGGUCUGGGGAUUAGCGGACAGAAUUUUUUCAUGGAAACAGCUGGUCCUCUCAAGAGUUCCAAUUGUGAAUGUUAUCACUUUAGAGUCCAAAGCAUGUCAUUCUGUCAGAUUUCAUACAUCCUACACCUUAACUCUUCUUGACCUACUGCCACAGUUCCCAAAUAGAAAUCCAUUUUAGGGUUUUUUGAGAAGUCUGUGGAGCUUACAACAGGUUUUCAGAAUAUUAUAGAAAAAAUUAUGAUUCAUUUUAAAUGAUUACUAGCUGGACAGUGAGGGUGGAAAAAAAUAGGUGAGCUCCUGGUCACAUGUCUGAAAUCUUCAAGUACGCUUAUCUGCUUCCUGAGCAGAGCUGGUUCUCACAGAAGAUUGAGUUAGUGUUCGUGCCCAUGGGAGAAGAUAGAGAGAUGUGGAGUUAUUUAAAGGGACAAGGAACAAGCAUUCUCUUACUUUAAUUCAAAUAAGUCAUCUUUACAUUUUCCAAAAACCUCGAUUCAUACUUCUCAGCAAAGACAUAGGAUAGGUGACAUCAUAUGCUAUGUCUAUAUGGACAGCUUAUUAUUAAAUAGAAGCCAGAGAACAGAGGCCACCUCGAGACACUAACUAAUUGGAAGUCAGCUGUUUUUCUCAGUUAUUUUUACCAAAAAAAUCCUACCAUGUUGAUCAGGAAGGCACUAUGUGAUCUCGAAUUUACAAACAGUAAUAGUUUUCAUUAUGUCAAGAAAUACCCAAAGAUCCAAAUCCAUUUUCAAAUGCUUGAUUCUGAUGGUUCAUAGAUCCACAGUUCCCAUAACUUUAAAUCAGGCUUUGUUGACACAUGCCGAAGUAAUGGGUUGAACAAUGAGAAUUUGAAUCAGUUAGUUGUUUGGUGCAUUGAAGACCAAACAAGUGAUGUGACUGAUGGUAUUCACUGAAUUGACCACAUGUUCUAGAAUUGUGUACACAGAAUUUCAAGGCCAUUCUGACAACUAUGCAAUGGGCUUAUCUGUAAUUUCUCUGAAAUUUGAGGGUCUUUCUGGCUGAGUUGGUCUUAAGAAUUUGUGUAGACUGUUUUUGUUGUCACAUAUGAAAAUGUUUCAUCCCAACUGUUAUGUGCCUCCUUCACGUUUUAUUCCCCUGAACUAUAAACUCUGGCUAAGUUCACACUGAGUCACUCCAACCAACUUCCCUAGUUUAAUUUGUUGAGUUCCAUAUGUGAAAUUUGUAGCAUCUUUGGAACCACUUCUUAUCAACAAAAACACUACAGGGAUGCUAGAAUUCAUUUAUGAGGGCUUCAGUUUUGGAUGUCACAUGAGGCUUUCUUUAUCAGACUAAUCCAGAUUACUACAUUCUUUGUAAGCAAAGGGCUAAAUGAGCAGCAUUUAUUGAAGGCUAUUAAUACCAUCUACAGACAUGACUAAGGAUUUUGAAAAUUGACUUGAAAUUAAUCAUUUAAAGUUUUUUUAUUUAUAAAGAAGUUUUUUUUGCCAUUUUUGUCAAAGUAAAAUAAUAAGUUAUCUUUUAUGUUCUGUAAUUAGCACCAUCUAUAUGCACAGCCCUAGAAAUAGGUCCUUUAACUUUUGUAAUGAUUAUUAGUUUCAACCAUUGAAAAGUUUAGAGAGAUGGUCAUUUGUCAGAUCUGUUAAAUGGUGUGGAGAACAUAUUUUCAUCCUAUUUCGGGAAAGUUAGCUAAAAUUUGGAGAUAAAUAAGGGCAAUUAUUUAUGAAAUAUUGCUUAUGCAAUUUCGCUGAUGGGAACCAUGAGACUAGUAUCUUUCACUAGCCAAAGAAGGAAAAAAAGAUACUUCUAUAAGAGUUUUAGAGGUCUAGGAAGUCCAAUAUCUUAUAAGAUUCUUUGGUGGAAUGGAAUCUCGGCUAAAGAAAAAUAUCAUAACCUUAUCUGUCUAUCCAUCUUAUUUUAUUGCAUUGGACUUUAGUUUUUCUUACUGCUGAAUACAUGUCCUUUUUUUCCAAUAGCAGCAAUAUUUGACCAGUGCUGUUUUAAAAAAUGUCAACUCUUUUCCUGCAACUUGAGAAUUUCACACACCUUCACAUCUAAACAUCGUCUCGUUCUAUGUUCAUCUGUGUUGUACUGGUCUUCAGUGAGGAUGAUGAUGAGAGCGUUUCUGUACUCAUUUAACAUUUUUUGUCAGUGAUUGGGUGUUGGCCAUAACCCCAGCUAUCAGAAGAGUCCAUCGUUAUCAACAGUGACAAUGUCUUGAUGUGUUCUGAGUUUUCCCAAGUUAAAGUCUUAUCACAGAGAGCAUACCUGCUUUCACAGUGAACUGGAGCUCCAACCACAGUUCCACUGCGGUCAGGAUAACCCUUCAAUGAUCUGCAUUGGAGGAUGUAGGCCAGGAACCUGCAGGGGAGCUGUAUUCUGCAAGUAAUAUUAAAAUCACAUUUCUUAGUGUCUCUUUGAAGGUGCAGUUUUCACAAUCUUAUGGUUAGCCUCAAUGGUAAGUGCUCUGGAGAAAAACUAAACAUUAAAGUUUACCAUCUCUUUUUACUUGAAAAUAUUUUAUCCAGCCCUUGAACCUGGGCAUCACUCUUGUUGUUUCUCAUUUUUACCACAUCGUUUAGGUUAUUUUCAUCAUUCGUGUUUCAUAAGGCUUCACUAGGAAUGUAGAGGAUAAUAUUAGAGCAUCUGCAGAAAAUUGCUAUCUCCUUUGGUAGGGGAAUUGAGAGGUACAUGAAGCUACUUCACAGCUAUAGAGCAAGUGGGUGAUUUUAUAUUCUGGAUCUUAGCCCUUCAUCAGUCAUAAACACGUUGACUAAGAGGUCUUUCAUUAGGAUUAUAGAGAGAGAAAAAUUAUUACAAUUAUAUUAUCUGUUCCAACUACUCCAUGUGUCAAAUAUCGAUAGAAUGGUUUUUUCAGCGCUGAUGACUAUUCUUGUAAUACCGGAUGUUUUCCCAAAAUCUAGACAAUAAUUCAAACUUGGGAAUCCACAGGUUCAUGAUUUUUAUCUUUUCCUGCCACCUUUAAUAGCUUUUCUUCCCUUCUGUUGCUAUCAGAAAAUGGAUGGAGCAUCAUAUAAGAUUAAACAUGCACUAUUUUCAGAAAAGUAAAUGUAACAUUGCCCUCAUUUGGAGUCUGUCAUUCAUUAUAUGCUCUAGAAUCUAAACCUAAUACCCACUGACUACCUCUGUAGUUUUUCUUAGAUUUCAAUCAUUUAAAAAAUCUCAUUCUUAAAAAAUUUAAAUGUAAUUUUUCUCAUUCAGUGCCAUGUUAUUUCACAGUACAGAUCUGUGUAAUUUUUGACAGCUCUUAUAUACAAAUUUUUAGAAAUGUAAUCGAAAAUGAUUUUGCACAUAUGGUGCAAUCCUUGCUGAUGUAUGUUUAAUGUGGCGACACAAAACUGCUUGGCAAAAACAUGUCAAAUAGAAUGUUUGAGUCAGGACUCUAACAUAAAUGUGUCUAAACAGCAAUAUGUAUCAUUAUGAUAUAUUUUUGUAAGCAUAGUGAUGGCUUCUUUCAGUGGUGUAAGUACUGGAUAAAAACCAUUUCACUUAGAAUGAUGUAGGAAAAUGUCACCCAACUGACGGCCCUCUCCAAAGUUACUUGCACUGUCAGCCAGUGGCAGUGAUUCUUCUAUUUGUGUUGUUUUUUUAGAAGAGAGUGAAGAACUGAUACCAGUCAACAUAGAGUGCAAAAUAAUAGCCCAUCAAUAUUUGCCUCCUAAUACGCAAAAUUCAAAACUGUAACUGCUAUGUUUACACAUUAAGGACCACUUCUAAGCUCCACAGUGUAUUCAAUUGCAGGAAUCAUUGAGAGGACUUCAUUCAUCUAAUAACCAGCUUGUUCAGUUUGGCUAUUGAAAGCAUUAAAUUACCAAAUUUUUGUGAUAAAAAUGAUCAGAUUAAUUUUCCUCAUGACCAUCCAUAGCUGGCUAGGUUUUCAUUGAACCAUAGUUCCCCAAAUUGCAAUGAAAAUAACUCUGUUAUACUCGUUCAAAAAUCAGUUUUUCUCGGAAUAAUUGCACCAAUACAAAUGACCAUGUGGGUCUUGACCAUGUGGGUCUUAUCCAUGUUGGAAAACUAGGCCCAUCUAAACCCACUAACAACAGUGGUAGUAACUAUAGCUAAUAUGCAUCGAGUUCUUGUGUGCCAGGUACUUUGCAAAGCACUUUACAACCACCCUCUGAGGCUUUCACUGUUAUUUUAUAGAUGAGGAUACUGCCCAAGGUGCUCACCUAAUAAAAAGAUCAAUUUGGGUUUAGGAAACAGAAUGACUAGUUCGGUUUUCAGUAGAGUUCUCAAAGACCACCAACACUUUGAAAUGACUUUGUUGCUUGCUUUAUGCCUUUGAGGAAGAGUUGACAUUUGUGUUAUUAAAAACCUCACCUUUAAUAUAUAUUGACACAAGUAGGAGCAUACAAACCACAUAUUCUCUGGCAACUGCCAAAGUUUCUGCUUAAGCUUUACUUAUGCGAGAUGCUAGGAUGAAGAGUAGGAAAAAAAUUUAAAGUAGUGACUAAAUUAAAAUCACUUGUUCAGAUGUACUCCAUACAUCUCCAAUACAAAAAUGCAGGGAUAAAAAGGCAAAAAUUUGAAGUGAGGUGAUAUUUUUUUUGGAACUCUUAGAUGUUAGAAAUGGCACUGGGCAUCAGCCAAUGUUCCGUUCACUUUCACGUUUGUUGUAUUUGUAGCCUUAGAAUUGAUGAGUCUGGUUUGGGAGAGAGGGUUUUAAUUUAUGAUGUCAUCGUGAGAACUGUUGUGAAGAUUUUGUAGGCAAAUACAAAAGUAAUCUGUUGAUUCUUUCCUGUAGUUGUGGCUUUAACAUCUCUGGCUGUGUUUAAGUUCAAGAGCACGCCAAGGCUAUAAGAGCCUAGUUUGUGUUUCUUGGGAACAGGGCAUGCCAAACCAAGAGAUGGGUCCUGAAACUUUCGAGGUCACUGGUCCAGCCUGACCCUGCCCAAUUUAAGCAUUGCCUUUAUGUCUCUCCUCUCUGGAACUUCAUGUAGCAGCCUAACACUGGGGCCAACUUGCCUUUACUCGAUAUUUUCUAUGAUGAACACUUGUGGAGAAACUGUGACAAAUCCAUUGAUUCUAAUAUUUUUAUCGUUGGAGUCUUGUUGAUUCUCUAUGAAUAAUUUCUAUUUGAUUGUACUGUGUAGAGUUAAUACCCACU